CGCCGCUCGCGGCCCCGCGCCGCCAAGCUCACCACCGUCAAGCGGCUGCUGCUCUGCCUGCUGGCCGCCAGCGCCAUCUCCGUGCUGGGCUACUCCCAGUACUUCACCCUGUCCCCGCUCACCAGUUUCAUCGGACAUGGGAAGCGACCUGAGCCAUCCAUUAAAUGUGCCAUCCUGUCAGGAGCAACAAGGGUCCCUGGUGUUGCACACGACCACAGAUCAGAUGCCCGUCUCCGCAUCGAUCCGAAAGUACUAGUUUUCGUAGAGACUACUUAUUCCCGCCUCGGCCGAGAGAUCUCCGAACUACUUGUUUACAACAGGAUUAAGUACAAAGUGGAAGUCUCAGGGAAGUCAUUACCUGUCUUAACAAACCUGGACAAAGGAAAAUAUGGUGUCAUAGUGUUUGAGAACCUCUAUAAGUAUCUGCAGAUGGACAAAUGGAAUAGAGAGCUGUUGGACAAGUACUGCCGUGAAUACUCUGUGGGAAUAGUUGGCUUCAUUCCUCCGAGUGAAGAGACCCUUGUUGGUGCAGAACUGCAUGGUUUCCCACUGUUUGUGCAUACCAAUCUAAGGCUCCAGGAUGCCAGCUUAAAUGCCGCUUCACCUAUUCUCCGACUGACACGUGCUGGAGAGACAGCUUGGGGCCCUCUUCCAGGUGAAGAUUGGACUGUCUUUACCCCAAACCACUCUACAUAUGAGCCGCUCUCAUGGGCAACACGCAGGCAAGAAGAUAUGCAGAAUUCAAACUACCAUGAACCACACCAGCCUCUCAUCACAGUCAUACAGGAUCAUGGACUCUUUGAUGGAAUACAAAGAGUGCUGUUUGGAAGUGGUCUGAACUUUUGGAUGCACAAACUGCUGUUCCUUGACAGCCUUUCCUAUUUGAGCCACGGGCAGCUGAGCAUCAGCCUCAAGAGAUACAUACUGGUGGACAUUGAUGAUAUCUUUGUCGGCGAGAGGGGCACACGGCUGAAGAAAGAUGAUGUUGAGGCACUUUUAGAGACACAAGAAAGAAUUCAACAGCUGGUACCUGGUUUCAAGUUCAACCUUGGUUUCUCGGGGAAAUAUUUCCACCAUGGGAAUGCGGAAGAAAACCUGGGAGAUGACAUGUUGCUUGAAAAUGUUGGGAGUUUCAUGUGGUUCAGCCACAUGUGGAACCACCAGCAGCCACAUCUGUAUGACAACCUCACACAACUGGAGCUCGACAUGGCACUCAACAAGCAAUUUGCUAAGGAACAUGGUAUCCCAGUGGAUUCUGGUUAUUCUAUAGCACCUCACCACUCUGGUGUGUAUCCUGUUCAUGAGAUAUUGUAUGAGGCCUGGAAGAAAGUGUGGAACGUUCGGGUAACUUCGACAGAGGAAUACCCACAUCUGCGACCAGCGAGACUGAGACGUGGAUUUAUUCACCGAAAUAUAAUGGUAUUGCCACGCCAGACAUGCGGCCUCUUCACCCAUACUAUUAUGAUGCGAGAUUAUCCUGGGGGACCUACAAAACUAGACGAGAUUAUUCAAGGCGGAGAACUUUUCCAAACUAUCGUCUACAACCCUAUUAACAUAUUUAUGACACACAUGUCAAAUUACGGGAAUGACCGCCUGGCACAAUACACAUUUGAGUCUGUGAUAAAGUUCCUGCAGUGCUGGACAAAUCUCAGGUUGAAAACUGCACCUCCCUUGCAGCUCGGGGAACGAUACUUUCAGCUCUAUCCACAAGAAGUGGAUCCCGUCUGGGGGAAUCCUUGCAAUGAUAUACGUCAUCAACGGAUCUGGUCUCGGAAUAAAACCUGUGAACAGCUGCCUCGUUUCCUGGUGAUAGGACCACAGAAAACUGGGACAACUGCCCUCUACAUGUUUCUCUCUAUGCAUCCAGACAUCAGCAGUAACUUUCCCAGCCCGGACACCUUUGAGGAAAUCCAGUUCUUCAAUGGGAAGAACUACUAUCGUGGCCUUGACUGGUACAUGAACUUCUUUCCUGUCCCGAAGAAUGGCACUGCAAAGUACUUAUUUGAAAAAAGUGCCACUUACUUUGAUGGUGAUCUUGUACCAAGAAGAGCAAGUGCUCUGCUUCCUCAUGCUAAGCUUGUUACAAUUCUGAUAUCUCCAGCAAAGAGGGCUUACAGCUGGUAUCAGCACACUCGAGCUCACAGAGAUCCAGUGGCACUCAACUACUCAUUCCAUCAGGUCAUCACAGCUAGUGAUACGGCACCCAAGCCACUACGAGAGCUUCGCAACAGGUGUCUAAAUCCUGGAAAAUAUGCACAGCACCUCGAGAGGUGGCUGACGUACUAUCUCCCAAACCAGCUGCAUAUAAUUGACGGUGAUCAACUACGAUCAGAUCCAGUAGAAACUAUGAAUGACUUACAACGUUUCUUGAAAAUACAGCCAGCAUUUAACUAUUCCCAGCACUUGAGAUAUGAUCCCAAAAAGGGUUUCUUCUGCCAGGUGAUAAAUGGAGAUCAUACAAAAUGCCUUGGACGCAGCAAAGGGAGGCAAUACCCUCCAAUGGAAGAAAAGUCAUACAAGUUGUUGCAGCGGUACUACCUUUCCCACAACACAGCUCUGGUGAAGCUGCUGAAGAAACUGGGUAUGCGGACAAUACCCCAGUGGCUGAAAGAAGACCUGAGUGACACCGUAGUGUCACCACCGUGACACCGUCUCCGGCGCCCUCACCGAAGGGCGUCCGUCCAGAGGAAGUGGUAAUGUGUGUACGUAGAAACAGAAUCCACCUGAGACUGACAGUGGCAUCAGCAUCGGUGACUACGUAUUCUCAUUGUGAUCCACUGUAUAGUAUCUACAACUCGAGAGGGUGUAAAUUGUUUCUGGUUCAUAAGUGGAACACUUGAGGAAGCAGCAAGUGUGACAGCAGUGGUGCAGGAGUAGCAUUGCUGAUUUACUGUCAUUCAUGUUGUGAUGCUGGUUUUGGUACUGUGCAAAUUGUAUUUUGUUUUUUAAUGACUUCUGAAGGACAUGGCAGCUGCAAGGCUGUGAUUUUAAUUUUGUUUGUGGUACAUUUGUAUUAAAUGGACACUGCACCAUGUAAUGUUGGAACCAGUGCAUAUUUCAACAUUGUUCUGUGAUCAUUAGUAUUUGAUUACUGUAUUUUUUGAUUUAUCAGGGAUCUCAUGUUACCAGCACUGGCCUUUUGGAUUUCUUGUACUGUAUUACAUCAGUGUCAUAUUAGGUGUUCGUAUUAACCAAAAGCGCUUAGGAAAUCUAGAGUGGUCGAGGUGUUUCACUUGGAGAUAGGAGAACAAGAAUGUUACUAUUUGUAGCAUUAUAUUUGAUAAAAAUAUUUACAGUUAAGCUGUUUAUUUGUUUAUGCCAACAUUGUAUCACUACACAAUUUUUUUCUGUAUUGAGACAUAGGUUGGUAUGCUCAUUUGACAUGAAAGAAGUGAAGGUACCAAAUACUACUUCUGUCUGGCAGCUUUAACCCAACAGUUUUAUUAGUAGAGAAAGUUUUUUCCCCCUAGCAAAGUUUUUGCAGAUACAUAUUCCUUAAACUGUAGGGGUAUUAUGGUGAUUGCCUGAAAAGUCGUGUACAAAAAAUUGAGAGAUUACCUCUUCAUUUAUGGUAUUUUCUCACAACAUUAUGUUUGUAAUUUUACCAUAUCUAGAAUGGCAUUCUUUCUAGACAUUACAACACUGUUACACAUUUUAUUUUUGCCUUAAAUCAAUGACAGCAGUCAGUUCUUGGAGAACAUAUCAGUUUGAAAAACAGUUUUCAAUAUGUAUUACUAUUUGGUCUCCUGUAAAAAUGUAAAUCAUUUUUAAAUGUCUAUUGGUGUAAAGUAGUCUUUGUGCAUAAAGCCUGCCAUUUAUAUAUGUGACUGUGUUGCCCAAGAUAACAAAACACUUCCCUAAUAUGUGGACUGAGGUAUUACCACUAAUGACGGAGUAUAUUAAAUUCCAAUUAAUACAUUCCACUGUAUUUCAAAACACAGCCCAUUUCUCCCAUAGUUGCAUCUGAAUGUUAAUCACACCUUGUUGACAGAUUUCAUAAUUGACACACUCAUCUGGGCAUACUUAAACUGUAUGCAGUUGCCCAUUUCAUAUCAACAUGUUUUAGCCUCUGAUUUGGUGUACAUUGUGAAGGACAAAAACUGUGUGAAAAUAUUAUUAUCUUUCUCUCAUGACUGUGAUCAGCAGUUUAUAGAAAUAUAUUUCCACUGAAAACUCAAAGCAACCAUGCUACCAGAAAUCAGUGUACACAACUACAUAAAGCAGCCUCCCAUUAAAAAAAAACGUAGAAUGUGAGGUGUUCUGCAGGAACGACAUAGAACUACUGUGUAUUUGUGAAAUCUUCAUCGCAAUAAAUUAAAACAAUAUCAGAAAUAAAAGUACAGCUUUCAAAAUGAAGCUCUUAUCAUGACAACUUUAUUCUACAAGUUGUAAUAUAUGAACAGCAAUAAUUAUCCAUCAGCUUAUUUCAGUAACUAUAAUAGUUUGUUACUUGGCUGACCAACUGUUAAUUAGGGAUUGUUUUGGUAACAUGAGUGGAGCUGUUGUUUGUCAAAUAGCAGUUAAUUUUAGAAUUGGGAUUAAUAAAAAGUAGUAAAACUGAAAGAAUUCAUUUCCUAUCUUUCUCCAUUUACCAUAAAAACAGUAAUUUCUGCAGCUGCUACAUGGCUGUUUUAUAUGUUGUUUUCAUUAUUCACAAUUCUUUACAGCAACUGACUUUCAGCUCUCAAAAUGCUGCUCUCUAGAAUGUUGCAUACUUCAGAAAGUAAGUUGUCUUUUUCCUACUCUGCUAAGAGCUCUUACAAACUAGAGAUUUCUCUCACAAUUAUUAUACCUCAGCUGUUGUUCAAUAUUAUGUACUUUCCUUUAAGUUUUUCACAUUCAGUCAGGGCAUUGCGGAAACUUUUUGAAAAAAUAUUUUCUUCGUUCUGUUACACCACAAUUUGCCAUAAUUGUGUACAUGAUCUUCUGAGAAAUAGUAUAAUUACUCUUCAGUGUGGUUUUCUGAUCAAGGAAUAAGUUUAAAAAUUUGCUAGAAUCCAAAAGACUUUUUGUCGUUAACUGUUAUUAACACUUUACACAAGCUCUUAUAGAUAAAUACUGGUAUAUAUAGUUUAUGAGACAUCUUGUAGUUCAUGUACCUCAAAACUAUUGUACACUCCUUUCCCCCCUUGCUUUGAAAUAUUUUUUUAAAGCUGGAUGGAUGGUACACAGAUGUACUGUUUUUACCAUAGAGAAAUAGAUGAAUAAUCAUCAGAGAUCUGAGUCUUUAUUUCGGUCACUAAACUAGAUUAUGAAUUAUUUGCAUCAGGAAGAUCUACAGUGAUUUGACAGAGUAUGUACAAAGUCUUACCAUCACUGUCACCAUCUUCAAAAACUGUUCAUAAUUUUUGCUGCAGUCUCUUAAUACUAACAUUGCAAGAUUCUGACAAUAAUUAAUUCUUGAGUGUCGUCAUAUGAUACUGUAGCUGUAACAGAAAUAAAAAUGAUAGCAACAUGGCAGCAUUGAUUGACCUAUUGUAUGAAGCUAACUCUGGCUGUCAGCUGUGCUUCAUCCGGAUUUACAAAUAAACAUUGUGAAAAUUGUUGCUAGAUUAGCUCUGUCACUUUGGCAGCUCGUUAAACUGGUAAGUCAAUAAUUCUUCUGUUUUUAGUUGAGUUAUUUCAACUUAAGUACCAAAAACAAGAACUAGCCCUUUGUUAACAAAUGUAAUUUUUUGUGUUUGAAGGAGAUAUUUAUUUCUGGUUAAUAUCCUUUUUCACUUUUCUAAAGGAGACCAAAUGCAGAAACUCUGAAUACUUUGAUUUCAUAUGUACCUACAGAAACCUCAAAUUGAUUAUACAAAUGGAAAUAUUUCCAUAACAAAAGAUUCAUGUUGCUAGGGACAGUGGUGCAACAAUUUGGAUUUGUAAAUGUAUUGCACAGCUUGUGUUUUAACAAUAUUUGUGUAAUACUGAUGAAUAUUGAUUUUUUAAUCUGUUACUGAGUGAUAGUAAAUGUAAAUGAUAUAUAUAAAUGUUCAGCAUUAGUUUUCAGAUAAACAGUGUAUUGGCUAUACUCUACUGAAACUGAAACAUCAUUAAUGUGUAGCUAUUAAAAAGUAUUUUGAUGGACAUUAUGUGGAACAUGAUGCAGAUGAUGUUAAAGUUAUUUCUCUUGUGGCUAACCAAAAGACCAGUGAAUCUAUUUAAAAACAUUCCACCAUUUUGCUGACAAGCUUUUCAAGUAACUUUUUUUUGAAAAUAUGGUUAAUUUAUGUAUGCAAGAAAAAUUAGCUUGUUGCAGCAAAGAUAGUAAAUUCAUGCAACAUUCACUACUCUUUAUGUUGAAAAAACAGUUUCUCUCCUUUUGUGAACAAUUGUUAUUUUGAAAUGUGGAGCUGUUAACAUUUUUUCUUAUAAUUAGCUUAGGAAAGUUAAAAGCUUGACACUAAAGCACAUGGAAUGAUCACAACCAUUCCACUGCAUUUGCUUGGUGAACUUGUCAUAGUGAUACUGAAAAUGAACAAACUUUCUUCUGUGCCAGUUCUGAAGUUCAGGCUUUCAAACAUGAUACACAUGAGGAAAAUAUUUCAACACAUUGCAUCCAGGUUUUAAGUUAUAUGUCAUCAAACAGUUCACAAGAAAGCUAUCUUUCCUGUUGAUGAUUAGCAGAAUAUUUGUGAGAAGGAAACUGAUUUUACUAAUAUAUUUGUAGUGAAGUUUACUUUAGCUGGAGUGCACACUGAAGAAUGUUACAAACCAAUUCAGCACACAAAAAAGGACACUCUGUGUAAUUCAAGGGUCUGAUAGAAUUGUAUGAGUUUAUCUUCAGAAACUGAGAUUAAUUAUUUUUAUCUAGUCAAUAUCUGGUUUUCACAAAGUGCUGUCAUUUUGUUUAACUUUCUGAGCAAUUUUGUACCCAAGACUGUGUUCAGCGCAGCUGCUGUAUGCCUAAUACCUAAACUUUUAAUGUCACAUAAUGUGUGUUUACUAAUCAUUAAUUCAUUUGUUGAUGUGUUCAUUUUGUAAUGGGUAAAGCUUCACUCAUGCAGUAUGGUCUAUUUCAUACUGCUGUUUACUCACUGAUCCCAAAAGUCUGGCUCAAGCUGGUUUACCUGUGUGUGCAGCAGGACAACAAAUUGUUCAUAUUUCAGAUUAUAAUCCUCAUUAUAUAGUUGGUACUCCAUGCAUGUAAAAUAACCAAUGAAAAGAGCGUACAUAAAAUUGGGAAGAUGAUGUAUGUCACAAAGCCAGCCAGCUCCUAAAGAAUUAUUGAUUAAUUUCAAUGAUUGAUUAGUAGUUGUUUAAUUCAGCUAUUCCAUUUUUACUAUCAAAGACAUUGUUUCUCAUUUAUAAAGAAUAAAAGUGUUGUUAUAUCUCUAUGUAUAUACUAUGUAUGCCAUAGAUAAUAGUGCUAACAAAGUUAAAUGUGUGUUUAUGAUUAUUGCAGCAUAUGACAGAUUACUAAUAUGUUAUGGUAGGCAUUUAUCACCUUUUUGUUUGUUUUAGAUUAGUACUGAUCUUACUAAACAUGCCAGAAAAGGUUUACACAACAGCUUAAUUAUGAUUACAUCAUUCUGAUAUUUAAAAU